UUCUUAAUUCACAACUUUCAAAACAUUUACGCGUGCAGUUGUGGGCUGAGUCCAAUUACAUCACUGAUGCUCAUAAAACAGCACUGCAGCUUACCGGGCGGAAAAGACAGACAACCUCUGACACAAACCCCGUGAGGCAGCGCGAGGAGACACGAGCUGAACUAAUGGACAUACACUCGUCCAAAGGCAUGAAGAAAGCCCGGACACUGCGCUUCAGCAUAAAGCUGUUUGUCCUGUGCCACGGCCUCCUGCAGUUCUCUCAGCUGCUGUACAGCGCUUACUUCAAGAGUAUCAUCACCACAAUCGAGAGACGCUAUGGCCUCAGCAGCUACUCUUCGGGAACCAUUUCCUCUCUCCACGAGGUCAGUAACAGUGUGCUGAUAGUGUUCGUGAGCUACUUUGGAAAUCGGGUUCACCGUCCUCGCAUCAUUGGAAUCGGAGGACUGCUGAUGGCUGUCAGUGCCACGAUGCUGACCUUACCUCACUUCUUAUCCCAGCCCUACGAAUACAACUCCGUUUUACACAAUCGCCAUGACAUUUGCAACCUGCAGGGGAACACGAGUGACCCGGGUUGCGGUGGAGACGGCACCAGCCUCCUGUCUGACACUAACAACCUGUGGCUGUUCAUGGCCAGCGCUCAGCUGCUUUUCGGUGUGGGUUCGGUGCCCAUCCAGCCUUUUGGGAUUUCCUACAUAGAUGAUUUUGCUGGACCUGGCAACUCCCCUCUUUACAUAGCCAUCCUUUUCGCGGUGUCUGUAUUCGGGCCUGCCAUUGGAUACCUGCUGGGCUCAGUCGUGCUGCGGAUCUACGUGGACGUGGACAGGACUGGUUUAGGAGCCGAACAAGAGCUGAGACUCGGAGAUCCCCGCUGGGUCGGGGCCUGGUGGAUGGGCCUGCUCAUCACCACCGGCUGCCUGGUCCUCACCUCCAUCCCCUACUUCUUUUUCCCUCGCAGAAUGCAUACAGAAGACAACGUAAUUGGAAGUGAAACUGACAUAAGUGAUGACUUCAAGAAGCCAGAUAUCUCUUUACUUGAUUUCCUGAAAAUGUUUCCCAGAAUGUUUGUCCACCUCCUGCUGAGCCCUCUCUUCCUGAUGCUGGUCCUGGCCCAGUGCUGCUUCUCCUCAGUGAUUGCAGGACUGUCUACGUUCCUGAACAAGUUUCUGGAGCGACAGUACAACGCUUCAGCUGCCUACAGCAGCCUGCUAGUAGGUGCUGUGAAUCUGCCAGCGGUAGCAGUGGGGAUGCUGAUAGGCGGAGUCAUCAUGAAGAGGGCGGGCCUCUCUCUGAAGACCAUCCCACGCUUCUCUGUGGUUAUGCUGACCACCUCCACCCUCCUCUGUAUCCCUCUCUUCUUCAUGGGCUGUCCCACGCAGAAGGUCUCCGAGGUCAAUCAUUACCACGUUGGACAGUAUGGGUCUCUAUCCUUGUGCUACUCUAACUGCUCCUGUCCUGCCAGUGCCUUCAACCCAGUGUGCGGUUCUGAUGGUAUCGAGUAUAUUUCUCCUUGUCAUGCUGGCUGCACCAACUUCACCAAAGAACCCAACAGCACCCACAGGGUUCAGCUGUAUACCAACUGCAGAUGUAUAUCUGGCAGCCAGAGUCAUGCUCAACCAGCUCCCUGUCCAAACAGCUGCCCACAUUUUCUUCUCCCUGUCAUGCUUGUCAUCUCUCUGGCAUCACUGAUCGCCUGCCUCACUCAUAACCCCAUGUACAUGAUGGUGCUCAGAUCUGUUCCCUCUGAAGAGAAGUCAUUUGCUAUUGGAAUUCAGUUUUUACUCAUGAGACUAUUAGCCUGGUUACCUGCCCCUGCCCUCUUUGGGAUGGCCAUCGAUGCGUCAUGUAUCUGGUGGAAACGCGUGUGCGGAAAGAAGUUUAGCUGUGGUUACUAUGACAACAACAUCUUGAGGAACAGGUACUUGGGCUUACAGGUGGGCUAUAAGGUCAUGGGCAUCAUCCUACUGCUGAUGCUGGGGUGGAAGGUAAAGCGGACCCAGGAGUACAGUCUGGAGAAGAGACCUGAAGGACUGCUGUGACCCUGCUGAGAGUCCCUGGUGAUCCAAGCUUUUCUGCAUUACUGUGAUGUUCAGCCUUUUUAGGAACAGUGUGCUGAGCAAAGCUGUGUCAGUGGGAGAAAUCCACAGCCAAGACAGGCCUGCAUUGACCUCAGUUACUGUAAGCCCAUCUCCCUAACAGGUGCUUCACUGAGUGAAGAUAUACAUUUUCCAACAGGAAAACUUUGAGAUGUUUUUCAAUGUUUCAAAGCUUCUGUUUGGAAUAACUCUGAUAAUAUGACCUGCUCAUUGUGUGUUAAGCGGCUACAGCUCAAACACCUCUAGUGUGCGACCUCACAACAUCCUCCAUGCAUCUGAGACAGUGACAAGAGUUCAAACAACAUUUUAAUACCUUUUCUAUUACUUGUUCCGAUAAGAUAGGAAUCUGUUUAGGUUUCUAUUUCCGAUGGGAACAUAUUCUGUAACUAGUUAACUGUAUUAGCUUAAUAUUUAAGUUUAUUUUUAAUAGGUGUUUGUCUCAUACACAGAGACAUCUGUGAUAACUGCAAUACUCAAUUCUUAUCUGAUCACGUAUAACACUUGUUAUUAUUGCAAUGCUAAUGAAUUUCUAGAUAUCAAUUACAUUUUUUAAAAGAGUCGUUUCAUUUACAAAUUCAAUUAACCUCGCAUGUUAUGCUGUCUACUGGUGGGGUUAUGUGAUUUUUAUUACAGUGGAGUGCAUAAAUAUGUAAGCAUUAAUAGCUAAUAAAAAAAUAUACAGUACAAUUAAUCAAGUC